AUGGCAGAGCAGAUCACCGGGGCCCCGAGGCCCGCCCGUCAUCGCGUUCGCUUGAUCCCGUCCCAGAUUGACAAAGAAUCGAUCGCCAGUCCGCCAAAGGCUCGAGACAGUCCGCUAAAGCGACUAAGGAGUGAUCUACGGACUUGUCUUCAGCUGCUCCCGAAGCUUCCAAAUAUCUUCCGGCCCUUGCGUGCUCCCAGGCCGACGGACGAACUAUACCUCGGAAAACGGAGCGUACUAAACCUGGUUGGCUUAGUUUCUUAUGGGCUGGAGCAGAAUUGCAGACAGCUGGCCGAAAUAUUCCGGCGUCCUAUCACGGGUAUCCAAAAUCGCACCUUCGGUCUUAUUGGGGACUUGCUCGAAUGUAUCAUCCAGCGGACGUUCUCGUAUAAUACUUACGACGUUCGAGUUGCAUACGACUACCUCAAAAAGGUACUAGUCGACCCAGGAGUCCAGAAGGUCGUCCUGAUAUGCCAUUCCCAGGGCGCGAUCGUCGCGUCGUUGGCGCUGGACAUGUUGUUCGCGGAUCUGCCAGCUAAGCAGAUGGCCAAAUUUGAAAUCUAUACCUUUGGGUCAGCCGCAGACCAUUUCAGUAAUCCCUUGAACAACACUGGGACCGGAGGCGUGAUCAGGCACAUCGAACACUAUGUCAAUAAGAAUGACCCCGUUCCUCAGUGGGGGGUUCUGCGUAGUCUAAGUAACCCCAAGAACAAGUGUGCUGGACGGGUGUUCAUCUGCGGGGAUGGCCGCGGGCACUUGUUUAACCAGCAUUAUUUGUCGCAGAUGUUUCCCCUGGGAGCAGAAAUAUCACCCAGCAGAGCAUGCUUCGUCAACCACACUGUUUCGGUCGACAAAAGAAUCAUGGAGGCUCGCCACCAGUUUGUCUGCCAGGAGGCUAAGAGGUUGACUCCCAACGGGGACGGCCCUUCGAGCCCAAGUGGGACCGCAGCCAGGGGAGCGAUUGGCUUUUUAACGGGGAUGUUAGUCAGGGAAGUGAGCAGGCUGAGCCAGUAUAUGGCAGGGAGGGAGCCAGAUGCUGACCGUCCACCAGAAAUGCGAGACAGUGGAAGGUUGGCCACUUCAUCCAAAUAACUAGCAACUCUAGUUCGAGUUCAUCAGUGCCAGAGCCAUUGAACCGGGUCCUUCCUGCGGGAUAUGGUUGGCUGUCUCAAC